AUGUUAAAUCAAGAAGAAAUUCAUCGCUAUUUCAAUCACCUCAGUGGAGCUAAACGUAUCGAAUUUUUAUAUGGCUUACUUCAUCUGUGUCAACCGUUAGAACUACGGUAUCUCGGCACAUGUCUAGAAGAAAUCGCUCGAAAAGAUUACGAAUAUCUGUAUCAUGCUGAACAGAAAACGAAUCAUUUGUCAACACAAAAUGUUCCAUUACCAUCAUCGUCCGCUUCGUCCGUCUCGAGUAGUACGAAUGAACAAACGAAUCAACAAACUGAUCUUUUACCAGAUGAGAAAUUAGACUUAACAGAUCAAUUCACACGGGCACAUGCUAUUGUCGAUAUUGCACUUCUCUGGGCCAAAAAUCGUGCUUGUGCGAUACGAUUAUUUCGUCGUUUGAAAGCGAGUGACAGUGUGAAAUUAGUGGACAUGUUAUUAGAACGAGACGAUUUGGAUGAGCGAACGAUGGAUGAGAUUUUAAUCAUCUUUUGUUUAGCUGCGAACCAUCCCGCAUUUAGUUUUGAUAUGCGUACACAAAUGGCACAAAUCUUCAAAGAACUAGAAAAAAGACAACGAAAAAUGAAAUUAUUACAAACCGUACAAAGUAAUCAGAAUGAUGAUGAGGACACAUUGGAUGAAUCCUCAUGCUUGGGUCAACAUUUAUCAUUGUCGUCAUCAUCAUCGAUGUACAAUCCGACGACAUUGAGUGUACAUGCAUCACCUCUGUUAACUCGUUUAACUGUUGUUAAUUUCGAUACGGAUGUCACACCGAUAAGAAUAUUAAUCAAAGCAGAUUGGUCAGAUAAUAAUUCGACAUUAGCCUGGAAAACUCCAAAUGACAUUCGAUCAUUUCAUCUGCAAUUAUCAAACAUCGUUUAUCAUGAUGACAUACGAUUGGAACGUUUGAUGAAUAUAUCAGGCUAUUUGCGUGAUAUUGGCUUUUCAACGGAAGCCGAUGUUGAGCAGAUGAAGAAAAACAUCGGAAUAUAUAUGGCACAUCUCGUUUACUUCUCAUCAUAUAUUUCGACAAUUUCAACGUUAGCGAAAUUUUUCAAUUCAUCCUUGAAAUUAGUUGAUUCAAAACAACGUCUAUUCAAUUCAAACAACACGUUCGAAGAUUCACUGCCAUCAUCGCCAUCCUAUUCGAAUGGAAUGACUCCACUCCAAUGUGAAUUACCAAUUCAACAAACGGAUUCCGAUAGUAAAACAUUAUGUUCACCAAAACUAUCUCUUAGCAUUGCGAAAUCCAAGCAACAAUUAGAUGUGGCGAAACAAGCUCGUUCAACAGUUCCGACACACAAUGGAACACAAACAGGAUUAGAAGUACGAUGUGAAGAAACUCAAACAGAUCGUAUGCCUGGACCGGGAUUCAUCCUCGCUGAACAUCAAGAUUUCCUUCGAAGAUAUUCCAUGGACGAAUUGGCGAAAUUAACUCCACAUGAUUUGAUUGUCGAUGGACUUGAUUCAAGCAUUGCUCAAUUACUUUGCGGCGCUUUAGACGAUUUAAAACCAAUGAGUAUCCAUUUGAGUAACAGCACUAAAGCAGUCCGAUCACCAUGUACGUUUGUUCAAAUACCGACUGCAUCAUCGUCGUCAACAUCACCACCGCCGCCGUUACUCGAUGCAGCAUUGAUGACUGUUGUUCAACAGCAACAGCAACCACAAGCAUCAUCAUCAUCGUCAUCUCGCACAUCACCGCCCGGUUUUGAUCGAAAUCAAUUCGAACACAUCCUAAUCAAUUUCGCUGGCAUGCGAUCAUCUGUUUCGUCAAGUCCAAGUCCGAAAUUACCAAAAUCCGGAACUAACAAUACUACUGUACUUCAACCUACAUCGCUACAAGCAUUACCCGCUCCAGCAACCUCGACAUCAUCGUCAACAGCAGUAACAUCAUCUUCGUCAAAUGCCCCGCCUCCAACUCAACAUCACGUACCAUUACUGACAGCACAUUCAUUUCUUUACAAUCCAGUCGAACCAUGUAUAUUUCCGAUUGCAAUUCCACCUGGUUUUCCAUCGACAUCACCCGAUUUGAUGCGCUUCUUUGCGCCAAAUAUGGCUGCUGUUGCAGCAGCCGCUGUCGCAAACACUACUAAUCCAUCCAACACAAACUUUCUCGGAAAUUCUAACAGCACACAAGGAUCCAUGUCAAGUUCACGUUCGACAACACAAUCGAAUGGUACGAAUACGCCACCAGAACAAAAUGGUCAGAAUCUUCACCAUUCAUCUGCAUCAACAACUUCAUCAACUGUCUCUCGUCAUCAACAACCUCAUUUUCGCCAUCGACAACAUUAUCCAUCUGACUCUCAACAGUACCAACAGAAUUCAUCGCAUACUCAACAACGGCAAGGUCAAACAUCCUAUUCGCAACAACAACAACAGCAGCAGCAGCAGCUACAACACAGCCGACCAAAAGCAUGCUACACUUGCGGCGGCUUUGGUCACUUAGCAUUUGCGUGUCCGGAACAGUAUUUGUCCGAUUCAAAUUAUUCUCAUAGUACUCGAGAAGGUUAUAGACUUGACUAUCGCCCUCGACAAAGUACACCGACCAACUUUCAUCAACAGCAGCAGCAACAACAACAAAGGCAAAUGCGUUCGAAUUCCAAUUCCAAAACCAAACUUCGAGACAACAGUUAAACAUUUGCUAUCUUUCUUUCUUUCUUUGUUCGUUCUUUUCUUUCAGUUAUACUUACCUAAGCAAUACACGACAUUCUCUUUCAUAUGUCUUUUUCCUGUUCGCCAUACUUUCUUGCCUAUCAUAGAUUACAUUCAUUUUCUUUUUUUGCUCCUUCGUCUUUCGUUUCGUUUAUGUAUCGACGACGUGCAACUCUUUUUUUACGGUAUAUAGACAACACGUCUCAUCUUUAAUACAUAUAUACAUAUUCCUA